UUAGCAGGUCUGGGGCCGCUUGUUUCUCUUUCGCUCCUCAAUGGCCUGAGGCGCCUCAGCCCCCGGAGCAAGGGGAGAAGCGGGACGCUACAAUCGCGGCCCCCGCGCAGACUUGGCUGGACCUGCAGGGGUUAUGGAACUGUCAGCCAGGAGUGAGCUCUGGGCCUUUGCCCUCUUCUGCCAUGUAGGAAUCCUGGUCUCCUUAGAAAGCUUUACGCUGAAAGGAUCAGAUUCUGCAGUGAUUGCCACAGUUGGCACAGAUGUCAUCCUUCCAUGCCAUCUUUCACCAAGGACCAGUGCCAAACAGAUGGAAGUGAGGUGGCAUAGCAAUGAGAUUCCUGGCCUGACCCAUCAUUAUGUGAAUGGGCAGGAUGCCCCGCAGAAGCAGAACCCACACUACCGGGGAAGGACAGAGCUAUUCAAGGAGGAGCUUUCCAAUGGCAAUGUCUCUCUACUGUUAAAGAGGGUUCAGGUGGCAGAUGGAGGCAGCUAUGUCUGCUUCAUUGGCAACAAAUUGAAUUAUUUGGAAGGCCUUGUGGAGUUAACGGUUGGAGCUGUUGGCACAGGCCCCACAAUCUCUGUGCACCGUUCCCAGGACCAGGCAGUGACACUCACUUGCAGUUCAGAAGGGUGGUAUCCGGAACCAGCAGUACUGUGGACUGACAUGCAUGGUCAAAGACAGAAUUCAACUGUAUCAUCUGUAAAAGAUGUUCAAGGUCUACACAAUGUUCAGAGUCACGUGGAUGUGAAAGAUAACAAGAACCAGGUCCUGAUGUGUCAGCUCCAAAGCAGCUUCUGGGACCAGACAAGACAGUCAGCGCUGCAACUUUCCAGUGAUUUAUUCCCAUAUGAUAAACACCCAUAUGUAGUCACCACAGUGAUAUUCUGUCUAUUGUUCAUUAAUUUGGGUGUGGUUACAGGCUUCAUAUUCAAAAGAGAGAGAGAAUCCAAAGGAAAGCUUCAAGUUGCAAAAGAGCUAUUGAAGGCCAAAAACUCAGCUGUGCAAAUCAGAUUGGAUCCUAAAACAGCCCAUCCCAACCUUCAUAUUUCAUCAGAUUUCCUACAUGUAAACCACACUGACCAGAAGCAAGAGGUGACAGAUACUCCAGAGAGAUUUGAUGGAUGGGCCUGCGUGCUAGGAUCUGAGAUCCUCCGAGCUGAGAAGGAAUAUUACUGGGAAGUGCAUGUGGGAAAUAAGACAGACUGGGAUCUUGGGGUAACAAACGGGAAAGCUAAUAGGAAAGGCUGGCAAGAUUUGAAGCCAGAGAAUGGGUACUGGGGGAUACGAUUUUUUAACAAUACUGAUUAUAUAGCCUUUGUGGAGUCUCCAGUUAAACUAAGACUUGGCAAACAGCCUGAAGUAGUUGGGGUUCACUUGGAUGGUAAGGCUCAGAGGUUAAAUUUCUAUGAUGUUUCAGAAACGUCUCACAUCUACACUUUUAGACUGAAAUCCUCUCUGGAUGUAUACCCCUAUUUCUCUCCUGGUCUGAACAAAAAUGGGAAAAACAAAGACCCUCUCAAACUUCGCUUUCUCUCUCCUGGCUACUGUCACCUGAUGUCUUCAAAUUCCAUUCCUUCAUCUCCCACCUCCUGAUUGGAGCUCUUGGGAAGCACUGAUGAAAAGAAUGUGGCCGCAGAACACUCCAGUCUCAACAACAGUGAUGUCACCGUUCCAUUUCUACACCAGGCUUCUUUCAGACAGAAGCAGGAGCCAGCCCCUCCAUCUGGCAAUGUGCACAACUGUGUACAGGUUCUGAGUUAGUAGUUAGCUGUUGGACUGUGAGGUUUACCCUCCACCCUGCCGCAUUUCCUUCGGGGGGGUUACAUCCCCAAGUCCCAGAGGUUUAAGCCCUGCAAAUCCUGCAACAAGCCUAUGCCAAUCGGUGAUGCCCACAAUGCUUAUUUAAAGGGUCUGGGGGAGGCUCAAGAAGGAGACAAGUGCUGGGUUUGUAAAAGGUUUUGCCCCAGAACAAAAAAGCACGAUUUUCACCUCAAGUGGCUCUUUAUGGAGGCGGCACUCAGACCACAACUUCCAGCUGCGCAGCAAGACCUGUCACUGAGCUCAUCGGUGUGCAACACCCCGGUGGCAAUGAUGGAAGCAGCACAGUGGAAGGACUCUUUCAGAGACCCGUGGCACUGCUGCUCCCUGACACUAAAGCCCCCUUGAUUGACCUGGCACUGCUCCCACUCCCCGGCACAAAAGCGGCACUGGAAGCAAGGGAGGAAUAGAUCUCUGUCCCAGAGACCCACCUGUGGUGUUGCACUCCAUUUUUUUUAAUGGAAAUACAUCAUACUUACACUCAAGUAUAACUGGAAUAUGUUUUAUCCAAAUGGUCUCUCAUAAGGUAUCAUUACAAAGCUUAUUAUCUAUUGAGUAUGUUCAUCCUAUUCGUUUGGAUGUAUUAUUUCUAUGCCUGGAGUUAGGAGAAUAAAAUAAAAACAUGUAUUACUAAUGUAAACAAGUUUAUAAGUGGAAGCCAUUAAAGAUGCUUCAGAAUCAA